UAAAUACAUUGAAUAAAGAAAUAUAAUGCAUUCCUAAGUAACCAAAGUGUUUGAUAGUCGAGUUCUAAAACAAAGUAGUUGAGUUCUUAAUACUUUGAAUGCUUUCAUUCAUGGCUUUCUUCAAAUGUGUCAACAUGUUGAUCAUCAUUUUCAUUUUCUUUUUAUGUGCAACACCUAUUUUCUCAGAUUCCUCCUCCACUAAUUCAAAAGACCACUUAGCAAUUCCAAAGCUUCUGGAAUUAGCCAAAGAGCCUCAAGUUUUUGAUUGGAUGGUUGAUAUAAGGAGGAAGAUUCAUGAGAAUCCUGAAGUUGGUUAUGAAGAAUUUGAAACCAGUAAGCUUAUAAGAACAAAAUUAGAUGAAUUAGGUGUCCCAUAUAAACAUCCAGUUGUAGUGACAGGUGUUAUUGGUUACAUAGGAACUGGUCUUCCUCCUUUUGUCGCUCUUAGAGCUGAGAUGGAUGCUCUUCUUAUGCAGGAAUUGGUGGAGUGGGAGCAUAAGAGUAAAGUACCUGGAAAGAUGCAUGGAUGUGGUCAUGAUGCUCAUGUUGCUAUGCUUCUAGGUGCUGCUAAGAUUCUCAAGGAGCAUGAAAAAGAGUUACAGGGAACGAUUGUUCUUGUUUUUCAACCAGCAGAAGAAGGAGGUGCCGGGGCUAAGAAAAUUUUAGAUGCUGGAGCCUUAGAAAAUGUCUCUGCCAUAUUUGGAUUGCAUGUCGGACCUAACAUACCUUUAGGUGAAGUGGCAUCUAGGUCAGGUCCUAUGCUUGCAGGAGGUGGCUUCUUUAAAGCAGUAAUAAGAGGCAAGGGAGGCCAUGCAGCCAAUCCUCAACAUGCUAUUGACCCCAUUUUGGCGGCUUCGAAUGUGAUUGUUAGCUUACAACAUAUUGUUUCACGCGAGGCUGAUCCCCUUGAAACCCAGGUUGUGACUGUAGGAAAUAUUCAAGGAGGUGGUGCAGUCAAUGUUAUUCCAGACUCCGUCACAAUUGGUGGCACCUUCCGAGCAUUUUUGAGAGAAAGCCUCACGCAACUAAGACACCGUAUUGAGCAGGUGAUCAUUGGACAAGCUGCUGUGCACAGAUGCAACGCAACAGUGAGCUUCCUUGAUGACAAGAUACCGUCUGUCCCUCCAACUAUAAACAAUGAUAGCUUGCACGACUAUUUUCAAAGUGUUGCUGGGAGUUUGCUCGGCAUUGAUAAAGUUAAAGGCCAUCAUCUAUUGAUGGGAUCAGAAGACUUUGCAUUCUAUCAAGAGGCUAUGCCUGGAUACGUCUUCAUCGUCGGAAUGGAAGAUGUCUCUGUUGAACGUCUUAGGUCAUGGCACUCACCCUAUUUCAAAGUCAACGAAGAUGUAUUUCCUUAUGGCGCUGCACUUCACAUCUCAUUAGCGACUAGGUAUCUUGCCAAGUUAAAUCAGGAGGUACCAGCAGAAGAUGGAAAAUAUCAUGACGAAUUAUAGAAAAGAUUAAAAAAAAGCCAUACCAGUGCUGCAACCACAAGGUUGUUGGUUGGGACAUUGGAUUGGUGUCACAGAUAUAAUUUCAAUUAUGAUAAUUCCAUAGCUCUGUGUUAGAUCUUUAGCUUUGUUAUCAACGUUUAUCAAUUCCAAUAACAAUGUCAUUCAAAUGUUAAAGAUGACAUAAUACAAAUGACAGUUGAGUAUUUCCUUAGAACUAACUUAAGGGUUGUAGACAUGAUUGAGCAUGCGUUUUCUCGA